UGCAAUAAAUGAAACCCGCGAUUGCAUCGACUGUCAACGGUGGAGAGACAUGCGCCAUGGAGACGGAGGACAUUCUGAAGGGUUUUGCAGAUGGCAUCAAGGAAGGGAAUUCCGCAGGAGGGAACAACGCAGACUGUGCAGAGGUGCUUGCGACAAUAUGUGCACAGACUGCAGAGAUGAUGGGUGAUGGUGAUGAAACAGAGAAUGAUGCAGGAGGGAGCACUUGUGAGACGGAAACCGUUGGGGAAGAGAGAGAGGAAGGAGGUAUGGGAAGCAGGGAAUCUCUGACAGGGUGUAUUGUGAAAGAUGAAAAUGUGGUGAAGACAUCAGCAGGAGAAGAGUACCCAUAUGACAUCAAUUGGGUGUCGGGUCGUGUUCAAUCGGGUAUUGUUGGAGGAGCACCCUGCUUUGCGUUCAAAGUCGAAGGGACAUGGGUUCCAUUUCCUGCCCCCAAAAAGAAUACAUGGCGAAACGUGACUCUGGCAAUCGUGUUUGACAGACUAUUAAGGUUGAACGAUGGGGCAACAACAGAGGUGAAACGGCGAUAUGCAUUGGAAAUGUGGCGUGUUCUGGAGGCGCAGGGCGAGUUCAGGCUGAACGAUUUUUUGUACAACAGUUUUGAUUGCGGACAGGCAUGGGUGAUUGGCGGGAACGACGCAACAGGGAGUACGGCGUGCCACGAGAGCGAUGCGAGGAGGGAUCCUAGGUGGGGUUGGGUGCCAUGUGUGAUCCCGAUUCCAUGUGGCCGUGUGAGGAUGAUGAUGUGUGAUGCCAUGGGAAAUGUCUGGAGCACGCAUUAUGUGAAUGACAACUUCUCCUUCAGGCACCUCGACAGGGAGGUGUCAGAAGACGAGAAGAAGGCAAUGGCAUGUAAUACCCAUACCGUUGGCUGCUUUUUCCCGCCGCUUCGGAACCCUGUGGACUCGGAGGUGGUUGAAGAGAAAGUUUUCAUUGGUGAGGAGGGCAACACAUACACGCAUGCAAGAGGGCAGGAAGCCACGUAUGAUGGAGUAUGCUCGCAGAUAUGGGACCAUGUCACAAUGAGGAGUGACGUUCUGUCUGCCAUGGACAUUGGGGCCCGUGUCAUCCCUGAAGGACAGUUGCAGCUGCAUAUGGCCCCUGAAAAGUAUCGUUAUCGUGUCAAUCGGGUCCCAGGAUGUUUGCAUCCUGCAGUGGUUGAUGGCAAGGUGAUGAUGGCAGCAAGACUGCAAUCAGCGCAUUGGCUCCCAUUGAGAUGGAUGCAUGCAGGCAUUGUGGAGCAUUGGCAGUUCCUCGUGGUUCUGGCACGUGUGGUGGUUGAACACGCAAAGCGGUGCUGGGAGAAGAUAAGGAAGGAGGAGCGUCAGAUGGUGUGCGCGGGUUAUGACUCCAUGGCUGACCAGGGGAUGUGGCCGUUCUUGCGUCUCGUGCGCGAGGUUGUGGAGCGGGACAUUGCUCAGGGUAUGGGCGUGAGGUUUCAGAUGAUGGCGGUGCGUGCUUUGAUGGAGGCUGCCGAGGCGUACCUGGUCGCCAAUUUCGAGAACACCAACGAGGUGGCCAUCCAUUCGAAGAGGGUGACGAUCCAGGUCAGGGACAUGAGACUGGUGGAUAGGUUGUCGAAGCCUCGCUGGGUUGAGAAAUAUCAAGAUGGUGUGGAAUAUAUUCUGCUGGAUCAACUUGUGGACUUCAUGAAAAAGAGUGACGACGACAGGAACGUCAUCCAUGAGGCGUUGCACGAAGUGACAGAGUUUGCACUGCAGGGUCAAGAUCUGAUAGAAUUUGUGCCAGCAAUAACAAAAGACAACAUCAUAUCUGGCAGACUGUUGUGGGGGGAGUUGUUAUCAGUUGCUUUGGAGCGGCUCAGUCUUGCAAGCUGCAAUGUUGAGAGACAAAGAGAAAGAGAAGAAGGGUGGAAGGUGAUGGCCACAGAAACAAAUUUAGCAAUCAUUCCAGACAACGGACAGACAUCAGCAGCACAAGAAUCAAUAACCAGUAUGGCAGUCGAUGUGCCUCCCAUGCAGACAGCAACGAGAGAGCAGCUAGUGUGUUGCGAUAUCUUCAAUGCUUUCACAAUGGAGAAAGAACAGUGUGAUCGUGGAUUUGAAGAGACCGAUUUGCCAAGUUGUUGUGCAGAGUACACAGACAGUGCAGAAGAACAAGAUGAAGAAGAGGAUGAGGGGGCAUCAUCUUCUGACGUGGAAGUGAGCGGCAGUGAUGACAGCAGCGACGAGGAAGACGAGGAACAUGAUGUAUACUAUGAUUUGAAGGUUGCGGGUGGACAAGUGACAAAAGAGUGGGCACAUGCAAUUCUGAGGUUGGCACGUGCUUUUCCCAAUCCGCACAAAGUGAUGCGUGUUGUGAUGAAGGGGGCAACACCAGAUGGUGCACUACAUUAUGCCGCAGUGACCAGCAUAAUGAAAUCAUGCAACAAGGGGAAAAAGUGGUCACGUGUUGGCAAGGGAUGGCCUUUCAUGUCAUUACGAACUUUGAACUCACAUCAUGCGAGGGCAUGCCCGGCCGUGACGGACGAAAUAACACAUGGUCAGGAGAUGGGUGUGGUCGAUGACGCCGGAGCAUCAAGUAUAGGUGCAGUGAAUCUCGUGAGCGAUGAGAGCGAGGACGUCGGGACCCCCGAGAAUGCAGACAGGGAGGGCGGGACAUUCGAAGAGAAGCAACCACAGCCUGUCGAAUCUUUUGACAUCUCUUGCAAGCUGGCGGCACUGAUUUUCUCCGCCAGAGGCGGCGUCGGUAUGUCGCAGAGCGACAUAAAUGCUCUCUUGUCACUUCUCACGGACCCAAGAUUCUGCACGAGAGACAUCGCGUAUCGUAAUAGUCGAGAGUGUUUGACAUGGGCAGAGAGUCUAGCAGACGCUGCUGGAUGAAAAGAGUUGGAUCUACGUUAUGACGAUUGGUCACGGGAUGCGCACGCCAUCUU